GCAAUAUAGCAAUUAUCAGUUCAUUGGUAGGGACGAUAUACCAUACAAAAGCUCAGCAGCGUUGCUUCUCAUCCUCUUCUCGGCUAGUCGCCUACCGGUACCGCCAAGCCCCGUUUGGGGAGACACGAGGAGAAUUCUCAUGGCGGCAACUCUACUCUCCAAGCCUACGCUUUCCUCUAUCUUCCUCGGCCAGCAAUUAUGGAAUAGAGGAAAUUCGAAGAGUUCCCCGCAGUGUGGGUGGAUUCCCUCGAAGAGGUCUCAGUCGCGUGGGUUGAGCCUCAUGGUCCCGAGGUGUGCGGUCGAUACAGCUUUUGGAGGCAACAUUCCUAAAUUUUCUCGGGUUAAUGUUUGGGAUCCUUAUAAGCGCCUUGGUAUAACUCGUGAUGCUUCUGAGGAAGAAGUGUGGGGUGCUCGCAAUUUUUUGUUAGAUCAAUAUUCUGGUCAUGAGAGAAGUAUGGAAUCCAUAGAAGCUGCUUUUGAAAAAAUACUGAUGGCAAGCUACCAGAAUAGAAAGAAGACAAAGAUUAACUUGAAGACAAGACUAAAAAAGAAAGUCGAAGAGUCUCCACCAUGGGUCAAGAACCUGCUCAGUUUUGUGGAAAUGCCUCCUGGUGUUAUUAUUUUAAGAAGAUUAUUCCUGUUUGGAUUCAUGGCAGUCUGGAGUGUAAUGAAUGCUGCUGAAGCUGGACCUGCUUUCCAGGUAGCAUUAUCUUUGGCAGCUUGCAUAUACUUCCUCAACGACAAGACAAAGAGCCUAGCUAGAGCUGCCAUCAUCGGAUUCGGUGCCCUCGUAGUUGGCUGGAUUUCUGGUUCCAUUUUGGUUCCCACAAUUCCAUCAUUUCUGCUACAACCAACUUGGACACUUGAACUGCUAACAUCACUGGUAGCUUACGUUUUUCUGUUUCUUGCUUGCACUUUCCUCAAGUAACAUAAGAGCCAAACCUCCUGUCGUAUUAUGAGUUACUAGUUUCAGUUUACAACAAUGUAUUUGUUCUUGCAUUGGAUUAAAUGAUUGAUAAUUAAAAAAAUAAAAAUUCUCAACCCAAAUCUA